AUGGAGCAGAAGCGGAGAUCAUUGACCAGCUCGUUCGGCGAGCAUCUAGCUGCAACGCUUGAAGGAAGCACACAUUCCGUGUACGUGGACGUUCUGCGCUUGUUUGCCCAUGGCACCUGGGGUGACUACAAAUGCAAUGCUAGCCCUAUCCCUCAGUUGUCUCCUGACCAAAUUCUGAAGCUAAAACAGCUCACUCUUCUUACCCUUAAUUGCCCACUCAACACAAGGUUUUCAUUCUCUCCUCUUCUUCUUUUCACUUUUGUUUUGCCUUAUGAUACGCUGAUGGCUGAGUUAGAUGUCACCAAUGUUCGUCAACUCGAGGACUUUCUUCUCAAUCAAUGUAUGUACGCGCGCUUGAUACUGACUUUUGCUCAAAUCUUCCAGGGUAUAGUUAGAGGAAACCUGGAUCAGUUUAAAAGAUGCUUCCAGGUGUGUUUUGUCUCUGGUAGGGAUCUAAGGCCAGGUCAACUAGGGAAUAUGUUACCCACAUUGUCCAACUGGUUGAACACAUCAGAAAAUCUUAUCGGUUCUAUUCAAGACAAGAUCAAUUGGGCGGACAAUAUGAGUGAGAUAGACAAAAAACAUCUUAAGGAAUCAGAAGAAGUGAAGAAGUCUCUGUCCAUGAAGGGGGAUAUUGACAGCAGAGGGCAUAAAGAGAUGUUUGGGGAACCAAGUGGAGUUAUGGACUAUGAAGAAGAUAGAAUCCGACCAAAGAGGUAA